GUGGCCUGGCUGGUCGCCAUCCUGUCCAUCGGCGCCGCCGGCGGGUUCUUCACCUUCGCGUACGGGGUGACCUUCGGGAGGAGAGGACGGCCAAGUGGCUCAGCGCCCUCUUCGUCUCCUUCUUCACCUCCGUCUUGCUCACUCAGCCUAUCAAGGUGUUCAUCAUGGCCAUGAUCUUCAGCGCCAUCUGCAAGUCGCCCAACGAGGAGGAGGACGACGCAGAGAACGACGAGAGGGACCCCGAGCUCGGAGACGACGAGGAAUGGAUGCACGCGCUGGGGACAAAGGAACGAGUGAAGAAAAAAGCCGAAUACAAACCCGUGGACGAGAAGCAGCUGAAGGCGGCGAGGGUCCAGCGCAAGAAGGAGAUCAAGAUGUGGGACAUCAUCUACGACAUCGGCGCCUACUCCUUCUUCAUCUGGAUCGUCCUCAUCCUCAGCCACGGGAACAGGGACCCCAACUCCUUCCUCAUGACGGAGGAACUGACCAACAACUUCGUCUUGGCUUCGCUCGAACCGGACGAUCCGCAAGUCAGCCUGUAUUCUGUCCAGAACUGUUCGUACUUCUACCACUGGCUGAAGGUCGUGUUCCUGGAGGAGAUCCUCAUGAACGCCAACUACCACGGCAGACUGGAGCCCAAACACGACAACACCAAGAUGCUCAAUGACCGCGUUAACCUGUUGCUGGGUUACGCCACGCUCAGACAAGUGCGCAUUGAAGAAAAGACCUGCAAAGUCCCCAAGCAGAUCCGCAGCGUGACCAACGAGUGCCGAGACAAGUCCUCCGUCGUGGACGAGGAGAAGAGGGACUUCGACGUCGGGUGGAGGCCCUUGCCGGAGAAGAAGAGGCCGCAGGAGGAGUACAAGUAUCGCGGUGCCUUGGAGCUCGAUGGGGUUCCCUUCUGGGGGUCGCUGGACGUCUACGGGGCCGGGGGAUACGUCGUCAAGCUGAAAGGCAGCAAGGAAAGCCUCAAGGCCAAGAUCGAGCAGCUGGAGACGGACGGCUGGAUGGACGAGAGAACGAGGGCCGUCUUCGUCGAGUUUUCCCUGUACAACGCCCAGGUCAACCUCUUCGCCGCCUGCAGGAUCGUCAUGGAGCAAGGGCCUGAGGGCGCCCUCCACCCCUUCGUCAAAUUCGACCCCAUCAAGCUCCUCCGGUACAGCGAGGGCUUCGGUCUCUUCGUCAUGAUCUGCGAGGGCGUCUUCAUCCUCUUCAUCGUCUACUACACCUACUGCGAGCUGAAGGGGAUGUGCAGGGACAAGCGGAAGUACUGGGACGAGCCUUGGAACUACCUGGAGCUGGUGGUGGUUGGCCUUGGCUGGAGCGCCAUCGCCUUUUAUGGGAUACGAACCGUGCUGGGCGUCACCAUCGUCAACAAAUUCAAGGAGACGGACGGCAGCGGUUACAUCAAGCUGGAGUACGCAGCUUCCGUCGACGAGAUCUUCCUCUACAUCGUCAGCUUCUUGGUGUUCUUCUCGACGCUCAAGUUCAUCAAGCUGCUCAAGUUCAACAAGCGGAUGGGACUCCUGACGUCGACGCUGAAGCAGUGCGCGUCCGACCUCUCGGGGUUCAUGAUCGCCUUCUUGUUGUCCUUCCUGGCGUUCGCGCAGCUCUUCUACCUGAUGCACAACGGCAACCAUAUGGACUUCAAUAAUUUCGUGUCCGCUAUUGAGGCUACGUUCGCGGCGAUGCUAGGUAGCUUCGACUACGAGGGGAUGGUGAACUCGUCCCCAAAGCUGGGUCCGAUCACCUUCUUCGUCUUCGCCUUCUUCAACAGCAUCAUCAUGAUCAACUUGCUUCUUACUCUCGUCAUCAGGAGCUUCGAAGAGAUCAAGAACAACCUCCUGAAACAAAGCAAUGAGUAUGAGAUCGUGGACUUCAUGGUGAACAAGGCAAGAGCUGCUGUCGGUCUGGCGCCCAAGAUCAGCUUCGUGGGUCCUUUGAAGGCCACCACGGAGGAGCCAGAGGAAACACCCAAGCCGACCGAAGAAUUUCCAGAGAAAGUGGAUCAACUUCUUUCUUACAUCAACGACUUCUAUUUCGACUCGAGGCUCGAUUUCAACAACAAAGAGUGGCUGAAGCAGGUGUCGACGCAAAACCGCGGUCGUGCAUCCUCCGGAUUCCAUCCAGGUUGGCACGGCAAAGGCUCCUCUGCCCGUCAAAGGACGUCGUCAGAGAGAGGAAGCGCCCCGAUGUGUCCAUCAAACCUCGAGUUGGACGACGUCUAAGCUGAGAACAAGAAAUAAAAGGCAUCUUCUGCGUCUUCUUCGAUAUUUUCGGGAUCAGCGGCGUGGUCAGAAUAAAGAAAUAUGCGGUGGGUGCUGUAAAUUCUCCAGUUGGAUAUGAUUAAAAGAGGAAUUUAUCAUCUAACCUCAAGAGAUUUCUUGUGGAUGUCCAGCCCUCUUGAACUUCUACUUGUUCUGCAAGAAAAACAAGCACAUUGAUAUCGGACUUGAAGCACGACCACGAGAUUCCUGACUGGAAGUACCGCUAAGCUACACCAUCGACUAAAGACGUAACUACUUGUUUCCCUGACUGCGGUAGUUCUUCGGAACCUUAUUUCCAAAUGAAAGAAAAAGGUUUGCAAUUACUUUUGUAGGUUACCACAUACACGCGAGUUUAGUAGACUCACAAGAGUGAAUAUAUAUAUUUUCCCCCUUUUCACUGUCUUAUUAUUUCAUUUCUUGUUGGGGUUUUAUCCUAUAAUAAUCUUACUUAAAUAUCAGUUUUCUUCAGACCAACAAUGCUUCUUUUCAUGAUGUAAAACUUGUUCUACUUGUUGGAAAGAGAAGGGAUGGCAGCAUAUUAAUGCUUUGUGCAACUUUCAUACAUAGUUUGAUAUAAUUAAUAACAGAACCUUUUAUUUGUUUUUGUGUUUUAGAAUUACUAUUCUUUUAUAUCUUUUCUUCACCUUUCAGUUGACAAAAUGUAUUGGCAUUUCAGAUGUAGCAGAUAUUGUGAUCGGGAGAAUGGUAUAGUCUGUGACUUCAACUAAUAUUUAAUUUUUACUUAGAAAUAUAUAAUGGUAGUUUACUAGUGUCCAGUUUUAUGUCUAAAUAUUCCAUUUCUAAAUGUGUUGACUUUUAGAAAAGAGAAAUGGAAGUUAGACAAAAGUAUGAUGUGCCUUGAUUGUAUGAUGUGCCUUGAUUAAAAUGAAUACAAUUCAACUCAACAAUAUAAGUGCAAAAUAGGUAAGACAUAUC